UUCCCGGAGAAGGAGAUGAUUUUAGAGAUUCCUGAAACGACAUCACCUGGAUCUCGUUUCCCUCUGCAAAGCGCGAGCGACAAGGACGUGGGCAGCAACGGUUUGCAGAACUACAGCCUCGGGCCCAAUUCCCAUUUCUCCCUCGAUAUCCGAAUCGGGAAAGGUGGAGCAAAGUACGCAGAGCUCGUCCUGGAGCGGCUUCUGGAUCGCGAAGAGCAGCCUCAAUUGAAUUUACUCCUCAUCGCUACUGAUGGGGGCUCGCCACCCAGGUCGGGCACGGCUCAAGUGCGGGUCGUGGUGCUGGAUGCCAAUGACAACACCCCGGUCUUCGGUCGGGAAUUGUACGAGGUGCGGCUGGCCGAGAACAGUCCCCCGGGGCAGCUGGUGGUCAGAGUCGCAGCCGCGGAUCCCGACGAAGGGUCCUACGGGAAAGUGCGCUACAGCUUCAGUCAGAUAUCGGAGCGGUCCCAGCAGCUCUUCCAACUGAACUCUGACACUGGGGAGAUCCAGGUGGCGGGCAACGUGGACUUCGAGGAAGUGGAGCACCACGAGAUAACGGUGAGAGCCACCGACGGCGGGGGUCUGUCUGCGCAUUGCAAAGUGCAGGUGGAGGUGCUGGACGUGAACGACAACGCCCCGGAGAUAACGCUUACCUCGCACUCGGCCUCCGUUCCCGAGGACGCGCCGCCCCGCACCGUGGUGGCCCUGUUGAGCGUGCGGGACCGCGACUCCGGCGACAACGGCAGGACGGAGUGCUCGAUCGACGGGGACUUGCCCUUCAGCCUCACCGCCACGGCGGAUCAGCACUACGAGUUGAGGACGACGGCGGCGCUGGACAGGGAGAGGACGGCGGAGUAUAACAUCACGGUGACGGCCGUGGACUGGGGCCGGAGGCGCCUGAGCUCGCGGUCCAGCCUCUCCGUGCAGGUGUCGGACGUGAACGACAACACGCCCGAGUUCACGCAGGAGGUUUACACCGUGUCGGUGUCGGAGAACAACAGCCCCAUGGUGCGCAUCGGCAGCGUGAGCGCCACGGACGCCGACGCGGGAACGAACGGGCGCGUGAGAUACGCGCUGGUGCGGCAGGAGGGCGCGGAGCAGCCCGCGGUGUCGGUGAACGCCGAGAGCGGCGCCGUCUUCCUCCUGCGGCCGCUGGACUACGAGCAGGUGCGCGCCUUGGAGGUGGCGGUGCGCGCUGCCGACGGCGGCUCUCCGCCGCUGAGCGCCCAGGCGGUGCUGCGCGUGGCGGUGCGCGACGAGAACGACAACGCGCCCGUGGUGCUGCACCCGCCCGCCGAGAGCAGCGGCGCGGCGGCGGGCGAGCUGGUGCCGCGCUCGGCCGAGGCCGGCUACCUGGUGGCCAAGGUGGUGGCGGUGGACGCGGACGCGGGUCAGAACGCGUGGCUGUCGUACGAGCUGUGGAAGGCGACGGAGCCGGGGCUGUUCCGCGUGGGGCUGCACAGCGGCGAGGUGCGCACGGCGCGGGCCGUGGCGGAGCGGGACGCGCCCCGGCACCGGCUCGUCGUGCUGGUGCGAGACCGCGGGCGGCCGCCGCGCUCCGCCACCGCCACCCUCGGCAUCGCCCUGGUCAGCGGCUUCUCCGACGCCCAUUUGCGGGGCGCCGAGGAGGCGCCGGCCGCCGAGCCCGAGGGGCCGCUCACCCUCUACCUCACCGUCUGCCUGGCCUGCGUGUCCGCCCUCUUCCUGGCCACCGCGGGCGCCGCCGUGGCGGCCAAGGUGCGGCGGGCCCGGCGCGGCGCGGCCGACGGCUUGCCCGCCUUCCCGCACUCCGCCCCGACCAGCAGCGCGGGCUCCCUGCCCCGCACCUCCGUCUACGACGUCUGCUUCGCCGCCGGCAGCCUCGACGGAGACUUUCGCUUCCUCGGGCCCCUCCUGCCCUGCUUCCCCGACGGGAUCCCCCCCGGCCCGCCCGAGCAGCGGAGCUCGCUCUGCUCCACAGAGGCGGCCAACCUCGGCGACGACGGCGACCGGGCUGCAGAGGGCAGAGCUCCCGUCUCCGCAGACACGGCUCGCAGACGGGCGGAAGCAGCUUGCACAGCAAAGAAGUGGAAGGAGCUCCUUGGCAAUUCUGAUCCAAACUCUUGUCUCGCCCCUCAGUAAUGUUUUUUGUCAUUCUGACAUGGAUGGAGAACGAGGACUGUGUUGCAUGUUGAUUACCGCGAAACUCGGUGUAUGACUGUGAGAGCCCUGCUGCUUCUAAUUAUUGAGGGAAAGAAUGAAACCUGCAAACACAUCUUCAAGAUAGCUUAUUGUUACAUCACCUUUUCUGUGUUUGUUUUUCUUUUGGAGAGAGCUCUGUAAUCACGUCUCAGUUCUCUGCAGUCUGUUCAGUACCAGGCCAAGCAUAUCUUGAUCAAAAUUAAGUGAUACUUUGAAAGCUGUUCCAUAAUAACAAGGCGAUUAUAUCAGAAACGGCUGACAAUGGCUGUCUUUGCAUAUUUGACCAGGAGGUUACAGAUCCUCCACACGUACACGCUGUACGUUUUCUUUCAUAUCGUAAAUUUCAACAUAACAGCUCCGGAUUGUUAAGUAUUACGUAGUAGAGAAUUAAAAACAGUUUGUGUUUUCCCAGUGAAACAGGCUAGACUGUUUACAAUAAACUUGAGGCACUGUAGAAGACAGGGCGCUAGAGUAGUUUUCUGUUCUAUUUUCCCUUCGUUAAUGGUCAAUGAGGUAUAAAGU